AUGAGUGAUGGUAAAUUAUUUACAAGAUCGAAGAGUUCAGAAUUGCGUGCAGAAUUGGAGCAGGCAUUUAAGAAAUCAAAACCAGUUUCAAGGGUCAUAUUAGUUCUUAAGAAAGUUUUGGCAAAUAUUAUUUUUAACAACCAUGAAAUAGCUUGUUUAAUGAAAGAUAUAAUCCCAUUAAUGAAAAUUGAUGAUCUUGAAGUGAGAAAAUUAUGUUUUGAAUUCUUGGUGGCCUACGCUGCAUCUAAUCCUGAUGGUGACGAUGCUAUCCCGUAUCUUUCUCGAUUUCACAACGAUCCAACUCCGUAUUUGCGAGUACUAGCACUUAAAACAAUGUCAUCAAUUAAUAGAAAGGAAUUUAUAGACUUGUCCAUCACAUCGUGUAAGAGACUGUUGGUGGAUUCGGACUCAGAGGUUAGAAAGUCCGCAGCUUUUGCUGUAGCAAGAAUUUCUCAACAUGAUGCCGCUAGAGCCGAGAAGGAAAACUUGGUCCAACAAUUGAAUGAUUUAUUGUAUGAUUCAAAUUCUUCCGUUGUAUCAAAUGCAUUAGCAGCAUUAAGCUCGAUUAUAGAAAGUAAUCGAAACUUGAAUCUAACCAUCGACAAGAACCAUGCAUUAACUUUGAUUAAUUUAUCGAGUUCGGCAAAUGAAUGGCAACAGACAUAUAUCUUAAACGCAUUGAUGGCAUAUGUUCCGCAAACUGAUGAUGAAGCCUUGGAUUUAAUUGAGUCAGUUUUACCUGCAUUACAACAUGAGAAUUCCUCGGUGGUGAUAAAUGCAAUCAAAGUUGUUAUUUAUUAUUGUAAUUAUGCCAGAAAUCCCGAGUUACGUCUUCCUGUGCUACCCAAAAGAUUGGGUAAUUCCCUUGUAUCUUUGUUAGCAAAACCAUCUGAAACACAGUUCCUAGUUUUAAGAAAUGUCAUAUUAUUAUUAUUGGGAAGAAAAGAUUUAGUCAGCUUUGAUGUGGAAAUGUUUUAUUGUAGGUAUGAUGAUCCUAUAUACGUUAAAGACACCAAACUUGAAAUUAUUUACUUGUUGGCAAAUGAGUCAAAUGUUGGACUGGUACUUCGAGAAUUAGAAGAAUAUGCCACUGAAGUCGAUGUAUCUAUGGCAAGAAAGGCUAUACGUGCAUUUGGUAAUCUUGCUGUGAAACUAGAAAAUGCUUCUGAAGAAUGUGUUGAAGUAAUUUGUGAUUUGGUAUCUAAUGGUAUCUCCUAUAUUGUUCAAGAAUCCACUAUUGUCAUAAAAAAUAUUGUUCGUAAGUAUCCUGGAAAGUUUGAAUUUGCUAUAAACGAGUUGAUCAAACAUUACCAUCUCAUUGAUGAGCCAGAUGCCAAAACUGCUUUCAUUUGGAUUAUUGGGCAAUAUUGUGAAAGUAUUAAAGAAUCCAAAACUAUUUUGGAAGAUUUCAUUACUUCUUUUAAAGAUGAUCCUGCUGAAGUUCAAUAUGCCACCUUGACGGCAGUAACGAAAUAUUAUUUAAAGUUCCCAGAACAAGGUGAAUCUAUUGUUUUAAGAGUGUUAAAAUGGGCUACAGAAGAGGUUGAUAAUCCAGAUAUUCGAGAUCGUGGAUUUAUCUACUGGAGAUUAUUGUCUUCAGAAAAUGCCAGUGGUCCAAAUGGUGAAUUUCAGUCAAACACCAAAAAGAUUAUUUUAAACGAGAACCCAGUGAUUAAUUCAGAGAAUGAUAAUAUUAAUCCGGAAAUACUUGAAGAAUUGGAGUUAAACAUUGGAACAUUGGCAUCUAUUUACUUGAAACCCGUUCAGACUGUUUUCCGAUUGGCUAAACCUAAGUCGCUUCCUUAUAGUCCUUCCCUUCAAAGACGUAACCUGUUACCCAACCUUCAUAGUAACAAUUCUAGACUGACUAGUCGAAGCCUGAAAGAAAAUUCCCCAAGUGUUGAUGUUGGUAGACGUAUGUCUUAUAGAAGAACCAACAGUGAUAAUUUAAGUACUAGAAGCAGUAACAAUAACAAAUAUCCAGAUGAUAGAAAAGCAUUACAUCCACAACCCCCACAGAAAGAAAACUUGGCUAAGAAAUUUUCAAGAAAGGCAUCUUUUAUUACAAACAAAAUUAAAAACUAA